UGGAGCCUGACUACCUCUGGGCUCGGGCUUCAGCUCACAUUGCGUACUACCACUGCAACGAGCAGACACCAGGACGAAGAAGAAGGUCGCCGAGACUGUCGCACGCUUCGCAGGCAAGUGGAGCAACUUCCACUGAUCUUGUAAGUCAGACUUGCUUCGAAUGGCGGCGCCGAUCACAGAUAGCGCUCUUGGCAUCGUGUCUGCACUUUCAAGAAUCGCGACGGGCGGGCUUCGUCACAUUAUCACUUGCGCAGCUCAUUGCAUUCGCUUUCCUUUGACGUGAUGAAGAUGUAAUGGUUCUGGAGGAAUAUGAAGAUGGAAUGGUCCUGAUGGAAGGUGGCGAAGCGAAGCCUCAUAGAAAGACUCACCUCGGCAAGGCAAAGUCAAAAAGCCCGCCGAAACAUCAGUCCACUCGGUCUCGAACUCAAGAAGGCAUGCCGAAUCGAUGCAUGUGCCUCGCAUAGAUUUACCUCAAGGCUUGAAGAAACAAACCACAAUAGAGAAGCCCUUUUGACUCAUGACUUGGCAUGCCACUCUCGAUGCUGAGAUCAGACUGUGGGUGGGUGCUUCCAGUCUCUCAGAUUGCCGCCGCGCAGCUGGGUACACACGAUUCAAG